AUGCGCUCUCGUAUUCUUCUCGCUACCGCCCUUUGCAUUGCUUCCUCAUUUGCGCAAGACUGGGGAGGUAUGGGUGGAGGAUAUGGCGGAGGAGAUGGCGGUAUGGGAGGACCAGGAUGGGGAUACGGAGGUGGAGGCGACAUGGGUGGUUAUGGAGGAGGCGGCGAUAUGGGAGGUGGUUACGGAGGUUAUGGAGGAGAUGGUGGCAUGGGCGGAGGCUAUGGAGGUUAUGGCGGUGGAGACAUGGGUGGUUACGGUGGCGGUGGCGGUGGUUAUGGUGGCUACGGUGAUGGUGGAGGUGGAUACGGUGGUUAUGGCGAUGGUGGUAUGGGUGGCGGAUUCGGUGGAGGUUAUGGAGGAAUGGGUGGUUACGGCGGAAACCAAGGUGGUGGAGGAAUGGGACAACCGGACCAGUCCGGAGGAAUGGGAGGAUAUGGCGGUCAACCAUAUAUGGGUGGAAUGAAUGGCAUGGGAUUCCCACAGUGA